GUUUUUUUUUUGGCGUUUCACACACACACACACACACACACACACGCUAGAAGAGCAUUUUUGUCCCACGCGUGUUUCCGUACGCUUCUAAGCUUGCCUCAUGAAGUCACCAGGGAAAAUGGCGGGUGCUGGAAAGAAAAGCGAAGCAGGAUCUCCCGGAGUUGGGUGGAUCAGCUCCGCAUUUCGGUUUGCGACAGACAGAAAUGAUUUCAGAAGGAAUCUUCUUGUGAAUUUAGGUUUGUUUGCAGCAGGAGUUUGGGUGGCUAGGAACUUGUCAGAUUUUGACCUGAUGUCACCUCAACCAGUCACAUAAUCCCAGUCUGAUGCUCACAGGGCUUUGGAGGAGGGCAGGACCAAUUUCUGAACAAGAAGAGAGCUUUCUACUAGAGGCAAUGACAGGACAAGACCCGAGGACAAAAUAGUAAACAGCCAAUGAACAUUGUUAAAGCUCUAGUAAAACAACUUCAUAUGGAAAACAGUGAAUAGCUGACUAUUACAAAUAAGCUUUAUUUAGAAUAAAUUAUGUUUCAUGUUUGUUAAA